AUGGCGCCUUCCACCUCCACCCUCGCGAUUUUCUAUGCUAUCGCCAGCGAAAACACGAGGAUCUAACGAUGAGUUAUAAAUUCUUUCGAACGCCCCAGUCGAUCGUACCUGGCUUUGAAAAGUCCCUUUUUAUAUGAAAAAGAUAUCAUAUUACAAUUCGAAUAACGGUUCGUCAUCGUUUCACAAAUUUUUUCUUACGUGUUAUUAUCACCCCUCGAGCUCUUUUAGGGAAAUUAUACACUCGCGUUUUUUUUCUUUUCUUUUUUUUUUUCUUUUUUUUUUUCCGUAUAAAUCCGACCGAAUCAUUCAAGCGGCAAUCGAUUCAACGUUCGCGAUUCAAAGGUCGACGACUUUCGUUUAGGAAUUACGGAUGGCCAAUGGGAAUCGCGCUUUCUCCCGCCAAAACCGUGCCGCGUCGAGAAUACAAUUCUCGUUUCGCGAGCAAGGUUGCGCGCGCGUCUACGUGCGGCGCUUCAAGAUUCUUUCGUUGUAAGGAGGUUAAUCGAACGAAAAAAAAAAAAGAAAUAAGAUCGAGCUCCGUUAUUCCGAGAUCAUGUCGUCGAUACGAUUAACUUUCGUCCAUGCUACCGGUUGCAUUUCUCCUACAAAGGAAAAGUCCUCGUAACAGAAAAGAGACGGAAGAGGGAGGAAUGAGGAGAUUCGUCCGGUGACGUUGUGCCACGCGCGGUAAUGCUACUGGCAAGCGGUGCCUCGAUACCGACCAUCGCCGGUGCCGUCGAGGAAGAGGAGGAGUAUGCGCGUAGCGAGGCUAACAGCGCGCACUACGAUGGAUACGUCACCGAUUAUACCGAUCUCGCUUCGGAGAUCGAUAUCGACGAGUCCGAGUAUAGGAGGGAACUUCUCAACGACAAAUGGCGGAUGCUGUUCGACAAGUUCGAUCCCGAGGGUUUCGGAGAGAUACCAUUGGAGGACUUUCUGGUAGCGUUAAAAAGUGCCGAAUGGAAAGCGGAAAUACCAGCGAACAAGAGAGAUAUCCUGUUAGCGAGGGCAAAAGAAUCGAAGGUCGACGCGAUUACCUUCCAGGACUUUGUCAAUGUGAUGAGCGGCAAGCGGACGAGAAGCUUCAAAUGCGCGGUCCACCAUCGGGACCGCGAGGUGUGCUCCGAAAACGACUUUCAUCUGCUCGUGCACGAGCCGCCGUUGUUUCGCAGGAUGGUCCGCAUGAUCGGCGAUGAAUUCUUGACGGAGGAACGGGACCGAAAAUACUACGCCGACCAUUAUACGUGCUGUCCACCGCCCCUCUUCAUCAUUCUCAUCACCCUCGUGGAGUUGGGCUUCUUCACUUAUUACACCGUAGCAAAGGGCGAGGUGAAUCCCUCGGGUCCAGUACCGAUCGACAGUGUCUUCAUCUACAGGCCGGACAAACGCCUCGAGCUUUGGAGGUUCGCCUUCUAUAUGUUCCUUCAUGCUGGGUGGCUUCACCUGUUGUUUAAUCUGGGAGUGCAAGUAGUCGUGGGACUUCCACUCGAGAUGGUUCACGGAAGUUUGAGGAUCGCCGCAGUUUAUAUGGCUGGAGUCCUGGCUGGUUCCUUGGGUACCUCGGUGUUCGACACCGACGUCUAUCUGGUCGGAGCGAGCGGCGGCGUUUAUGCUCUUCUAGCGGCCCACCUCGCCAACGUUCUUCUAAACUACAACAAUAUGGAGUUUGGCAUAGUUCGACUUAUCGGCAUCUUCGUCAUCGCGAGCGCCGACGUGGGCUUUGCCAUAUACGACAGGUACGCGGCAGAACAAAUCUACGCGGGUCUACCGGUCUCUUACGUUGCCCAUCUGACGGGUGCCUUGGCCGGCCUGACGAUCGGCCUUUUGGUCCUGAAGAAUUUCGAGCAGCGAUUGCACGAGCAAUUGCUCUGGUGGGUGGCCCUUGGCGUUUACGCAGCCUGCACGAUCUUCGCGGUCAUGUACAAUCUAAUGCAUCCGAAUUAUCCAUGACGCGAGGUCAGCUUCGCGUACGGUCAACCGAGAAACACGUAACGCGAAGCUGAUGGCCCUUGGAAGAGAAAACGAAAAAAGAGAAAGAAGGGAAGGAGAAUUAUAAGAAAUAAUUGCGUCGGACGAAGAAAACGUCGAAAUAUUUUAAUGGAACAAGUUUCCUCUUUGUCGGGAUUAUCUCGAUACGAACACGCUGCGAAUCAUCGAAGGACGAAAAGAAGGAGGAAGUGGAGAAGGAGGAGAAGAAGGAGGAGGAGGAGGAGGAGGAGGAGGAGGAGAAGGAGGAAUUGCGGCCGGUCACACGUCUCGAUCUCUUCGUAGUUUUCCUGCGUUAAACCAAAGAAUAGAGUAUAUACACAGGGAGAUAUAUUUUUGCAGAACGACAAGGAAGAUGAUGCGCGCAAGGGGUUUAUAUCAUUUUGCGCACUUCGACUAUAAGCGGAAAACGCGAAAGCCAAAGAACCAUAGUCCGUACGCAGGAAAAUAUUCGAAAAGUUUAACGUCGACCACGAUCUCCGGCUUUUUACUCGUUAACGCGAUCCCUUCGAACUUAAACAAAGGAACGAGAAAAAAGAAGAACGAAACGAAACGAGGGACGCGUAGCGACAUUUUUUCUUACGGCUCUUGUAUAUUAUUAAGUAUCGACAUCGAUCUCGAUGACGUGUUGCCCGUGCAGUCGUUCAUUGUAUACCAAUGUAAAUAGUCUUGUAAAUAAUAACGAAAGAAAAAUGAAAGAGAACGUUACGCGUACAUGGGGCGAGCGAGCGAGAGAGCAAGGAGAAUCGGAGUGAGUGAGCGAAUGAAAGAUAGAUAUAAAAUAGUGCGUAGAGCGUGGGCGAAACAAACAAACAAAUAGAAAAAGAGCGAAAAUUUGGAGAACGAGAGAAUGCCGAAAAAAGAUUCGUCGACGAGUAACGAAAUAUUUUCCUUCGCUCGAUAGUUUUUCAACAAUCUCGUCCUUUUUCCCUCUUUGACACACUUUUUAAGAACGGCGUUGGAAAGAAACAGGAAAAUGGCGAUUACGUUACCAAAUUUCUUUCCUCUCCAUAUACUGCCAGAGCUUUUCUUACUUUUUCCUUUCUUUCGUUCGUUCGUUCGUUCGUUCGUUCGUUCGUUCGUUCGUUCGUUCGUUCGUUCGUUCGUUCGUUCGUUUGUCCGUUCGUUCAAUGAAAAUUCCUCACGUAUUUAACUUUUCUUUUUCGUUUGUCGUAUUUGUCCAUUUUUGUAUAGAGCAAUAACAACAUAUAUUUAUAUAUGAGAAAAUGAAUCGUUAGAUAAUUUUCAAACGCAUCGAUACGCCGCUUAUUCGCUCGAUCCUCUUACUCCCUUCCUCCCUCUCUCUCUCUCUCUCUCUCUCUCUCUCUCUCUCUCUCUCUUUUACACAGUCACUCUUCGAUAUUCUCGAAAGAACGAUUCUCUUCUUUGGUGAUUUCAAAGUCACGACUCUUACGUAUUAUUUAAUAAAUAAGUAUACAUAUGUGUAUAUAUAUAUAUAUAUAUAUAUAUUAUAUGUGUAUAUUGUCUGUAUAGUUUCUAAGUACGUUGAUCAGGGUACAACUAGAUUCUUCUUUUAUUUGCUAUUUAUACAUGCGACAAAUUUCUUUUUUUUUUUCUUCUUUUUUUUUACACAAGGCAAGUGGCCACGGUAAAAAAUUUAAUUGUCGAUUAUAAUCAUAUAUAUGUAUAUAUGUAUAUAUAUAUAUAUAUAUAUAUAUAUAUAUAUAUAUAUACAUCUAAGUUCACACGUUUAUGCGAUGCGCUCAUCUCAUUGUUACAGACUUUUUUGUCUCACCGAACGAAGCAGUUUUCUCUCUCUCUCUCUCUCUCUCUCUCUCUCUCUCUCUGUGUUAUCUCUUUCUCUUCUUAAUUUCGUUCUUAAUUUCAUACACGAAAACUUGUCUUAUUUAUUUUUACCAAGUGGUAAUUUCUUAUUAGAAAUUAAUAUGUCUCGGAAUAGCGGAAGAAAAGUAGAUACAAAAGGGAAGGAAGGAAAGAAGGAAAAAAGAAAAAAGCGAGAUCAAAAACGAGAGUGAUGAACGAUGCUAGUCAAUUAGUACCCACGAGAAAGCUACGUCGGGUUGUAGCUUAAGGUACUGCUAUGUUGUAACUCGCAGAAACGUCGAGAAAAACGGUGGGAGAAAUAGAGUGAAAAGCGACUCGACUGUGAAAGGGUUGUGUAAGAACAGAAGGAAAGAAAGAGAAAGAGAGAGAGAGAAAAAAAGAAAUGGUCGGUGACGAAGGUAUCCACUUUAAAUAGCUACAAUGUUCUAUGUUACAAUGCAAAGAGAAAAAGUGUGCGUGAGAGAGAGAGAGAGAGAGAGAGAGAGAGAGAGAAAGAAAGGGAGAAAAACAGUACUACAACGAGAUGCUGAAAAUUGCAGAGACGAUGACACGAUUGUCUUGUUCUACGUUGCUGCUGAGAUAGUACCGAUACUCGAAUAAUUAAAUUCGUAUGAGUCCCGGGAAGAGACGAGAAAAAGAGCUAUAUCGAACCACCGUUUGAGGUCAUGGUAACAUUCUUUUACUCUCUUUUUCUCUCUCUCUCUUUCUCUCUCUCUCUCUCUCUCUCUCUCUCUGUCUCUUUUUUCUCUCAUCAUCUACAAAAUUCGAUUCCCAAUGCGGCUUUAUUUAACAGAGAGACACUGUAAAUGAUUACCAAUGUCGUUUUCGACGUACUUGUGAGUUUCUCCGUUAUCUCAUUAAUAAAUGGUAGUUCCGUUACAGAACUCCUUUUCUCGAAUAUAUUUUGUAGUGAUAUCGAAUGUAAAGAUACCUCGAUACGGAAUGUUUUUUAUUUAUUUAUUUUUUUUUUCUAUUUUGUUUCUUUUUUUUGUGACGAAUGUAUUACAGAAAUGAUUAAUAUCGUAAUGGUUCAGGUUAAUCAAUUCGUAUCGUACAAAAAAUGGAAUAUAUGACUGGUGCUCUUCAAUAUUCUAUGCAAAUGAGCUUAGGAAGAUAAUGAUUGGAAAACCGUACGAUCCUUUUUCGAUGUCAUUUGCAUGUUAUUGAAAAACGGCGCGGCCCCUUUGGUAUUACAUUUCGCCCGAUUUAUAUCAUCGCUAAGCUCAUUGAUAUGUACUUUUUACGAGCGAUAUCACUUGUAUAAAUGAAUGAGAAAAAAAAAGCGAGGGAAAAACAAUGAAUGAGAACGUGGCUUGUCGUAUUGGUUCUAUAUUUCUACGGUCGUUGGUAAAGAGCAUUUAAAGAGUUUCGUUCUCGAGCACACAACACUGCCCUUCAAAAGGAAAAAGAAAAAAAAAGAAAAAAAAGAAAAAAAAAAGAAAAGAAGGAAAAAAAAGAAAAAUCAGGAAGGAAGGGAGAAUUUCGCCUAAGAAUAAUCGAGCGAUUAUUCUCUUCCCUUUGUUUCAUCUUGUCUGUUUUUUUUCUUCUUGCUAUCCUUUUAUAUCGUCUACUCAUCAUCACCGUCAUUAAAUUAAUAUUAUUAUUUAUUUUCGCGCAAAAUCAAUUGAGAGAUUUUCCUCCUUUCGACCUCGAUACACCACCUAUUCAUCGCUUUAUGUUCGUUGGUUUUUAAUUAUCGCGUUCCAUUAACCGAUAUCCGUAGGACGACAGUAUUGCUCGCGGAACCACUUUUCAUUUAAUUAUCGCGAUCAUCGGGAAAGUUUCUUCGGAAAAAGUAAUCGAGAGUACUUUCCUUCGGAUAUACUUGUUCUUUUUUCUUUUUCUUAUCUCGUUUUAAACAUUUUUUUUCUCUUUUUUUUCCUUUUUUUAUCAUCAUCAUCAUCAUCAUCGUCGUCGUCGUCGUCGUCGUCGUCGUCGUCGUCGUCGUCGUCGUCGUCGUCGUCCGUCGAAGCCGAUAGGAAAACAAAAUUCGAUCGAUCGCCUUCUCCGCCGUUUAUUUCGACGAUGCAUCGGGAAUCUCGAUUUUCCGCAAAGUUAAAAAAAGUUUUUAAUUAGUUUAAUUAGUUCCCGUUGCGUCGCGUACCUCCUGCGUGUUUAUUUUAAAUGUCAGAAAAUAUGGUUUAUAACACUGCCACAACACACAAUUUUCAGUUAAAAUCCACGGAAAACGAAUUUUCCCUUUUCCCCGCCAUCGCCAUCAUCCCUAUCGCACGAUCAUCGACUUUACAAAGCUAAUUAACGGGACACGAUCAUUGCAUUCACGUUGAAAGUCUAAACUGAUAGCGAGAAUAUGUGUGUAUGCCGUGCCUGUACGUGAGUUACGCCUGAUGCGCAUUAAAAUACGAUAGCGAUAUAUGAAUAUACAUAUGUAUACAUAUAUAUAUAUAUAUAUAUAUAUAUAUAUAUAUAUAUAUAUAUAUAUAUAUAUAUAUAUAUAUAUAUAUAUAUAUAUCAAAAUAGGUACGCGCUGCGAUAUCAGCGUACGAGAAGAGUUGCGACUAAUGUUAAUAAUAAUUUAUACUGCUUACGGUUAGUCACGAGUAUCCACAAGCCAAAGAGGUGGAGCUAGUAACAAAAUUUCAAGCGAUUACUAAUUAUUAUUAUUAUUAUUAUUAUUAUUAUUAUUAUUAUUAUUAUUAUUAUUAUUAUUAUUAUUAUUAUUAUUAUUAUUAAUAUUAAUAUUAUAUAAUUAUUUUUAUUAUUAUUAUUAUUAUUAUUAUAUUAUUGUCCUCACCAUCGUCAUAGAAAAUCGUUUUUAUUAUCGUCGAAAGAAUCGACGUUGCUCAGCCGACGCCGAGCCGUUUAUAUUCGUUCAUCUCCUGUUAUUGAGCGUUCGAGACAAUUAAUCAUUCUGCUCCGUACAAAACGUGAUAACGUCAAGUCCUCGCCUAGAAUAUUUCGCAUAGUAUUUCUGUACGCGUUCGCCGCCAAAAGAGGUGCGUUUUAAAGAUAAAAGAAAGUCUGAAGAAGAAGAGAAGGCGGAAGGAAAGGGAAGCAAUGGUAUUUAAUCGAUAGAUCGAAAUAUCUUGUACGUGCAUAUAGUAUAUAUAUACGCGUAUUAAAAUAUACAAGGAGUCUCCUGACAAACGUUUUAAUCGACUCGAUUAAUCUAAAAUUACUAUCUAUAUAUAUAUAUAUAUAUACAUAUAAGAAGAUAAUUAUACUAUACAUCGCCAAGCGCACGUAAUGAAAAAGAAAAAAGAUAAAAAAAAGAAAUAAUCUUGUUAAAAACGAGUCGAUCUAAAUGAGGCACCUUCUAUAUAGAUUACGUCUUAUGUAAGUACGUAUGCACACGCAUAUAUUUUUUGGAAAAUUCAAUGAAAAGCAAUGUGUUAUUUAUUAUGUUUUAGUAAUUCCAACGUCGAUACGUCGUAAGAAAGAACGAUGGAAGGAACGAAUGUUCGGAAGAAAAAGCGUCGCAAAUUUUCGAACGUUUUAAUCGUCCAUAUCGGACAAUAGCGAAUACAUUGAGAAAAAAAAAAUGUAUUUUCGUUGUUCUUUCGAGUUGGAACGCGUUAGGAUUUCCCGAUCGGUGGUGAUCGUAACUCGCGAGGAUACUCCCUCGAUGUCCUCCUCUUCGGAUUUAGAAAUGUCGACCAAGAAAAAAAAAAAGAAAAGAAAAAAAAAAAAAAACAGAAAAAGAAAAAAAAAAUGAUACUUUGCUCGGUCCUAAUGCGUCGAAUAAAAAAUAAAUUCGAGCGAGGUAUCAUUGUUUUCUCAUUCGAUAAAUCGAUGGAACUUAGUAAAAGGUAAUCGAUACAAUUAUUACUUAUUAGAUAUUUAAGCGAUUUAUUCUGAUUAUUUGAAAUUUCUUCUAAUAAUCAAGUCGCUAUGUAAUAAGUAGAUAAUUGUAUUGUCGAGCCUAUAAUAUAAUUUUUCAUUCCAAAGAUUAAUAGCAAAGCGUUAUUUUAGUCGGGCCUUUUUGUAUAAUAACCAUUUCGCGAAUGAGAUAUUGUAGUAGCGACGAUCGAUAUUAAAAGAGAACGUACUAUUUUAUCCAUAGGAGGGCGAGCUUUUUUACUAUAAAUGAAAAAUAAUAAUAUCUACCGUGAAAUAUAAUCGCGAGUAUCGGAUAAUAAAAAAAAUUUGUCAAAAAGAGAAACAUUUUAAGCCGAUUAUAUAUCAAAGAAUUACUCAAAAGCGAGAAAUCGAUUACCGUCGAUAAAGGGGAUGAUUUUGAUUUGAAGAGCGACCCCAUUUUGGACCAGUCCUCUUUACGAAAAAAAA